UUUUUAGCAUAAGCUCUGCUCUGAAAUGGUUUUGACACCACUACAAUAAUCGAAUGUUCAAUCCGCAAGCUGCUCGCAGGCCUCCCGGCAGCAUGCAGCCCACUGGCGCUCCUGUUCAAAGUCAAAGUGACAUAAAUGCCAAGGAAAAGCUUGCUGCUUACGUGUACGAAUAUCUGGUCAUUUCUGGAGCGACGAAAACCGCUGAAGUUUUCAAAGAAGAGGUUUUAAGCAAUGUUCCAAAUGGAGCUAUCAAGCCUAGCGAAGUCGGUCCAGGUUUUCUACAAAACUGGUGGAUGUUGUUCUGGGAUUUAUACUGUGCAGCUCCUGAGAGGAGAGAUGGACCCGACGGUCAAUCAACGCAGGAAGCUAAAGCCUUUCACGAUUUCGGAUUUGUUCCUGGCGGCUUUGGGCCACCCGGUCCGAUGAUGAAUGGCAUGCAUGGUCCUGGGUUCCCUGGAGCCCCUGGAAUGGGCAUGCCUGGUCCCGAAGGAAUGAUGCCAGGCUUCCCAGGACGAUUCCCGGGUCGAGGCGGCUGUCCACCCGGAGCCAUGCCACCAGCUGGUUUUGGAAUGUUCCCCGGUGAUCCACGAGCAAUGCCUGGCCAACGAAUGCCACCGAAUGCGGCAAUGCGCAUGCCACCCGCCUCGUUCGCACCCGCUGGAAUGCGACCUGGUGCGCCUGGAGCCCCGCCGGCUCCUCAGGGUAUGAGAUAUGGUGGACCUCCGGGAGGUGCGUUCAUGGAUUCACCCGGUCAAGCGUUCCCUCCAGGCGCGGGUAUGAUGCCAAAUGGAGGAGGUGUGAUGUGUUCACAAGCGCCGGUCGGAAUGUCCAUGUCCUCUCCGGUAAUGCCUCCUGCUGGGGCAGCUGAUCCGCAUGGGUUUAUGAUGAGCGGCAUGCCUUCCAGCUCAACUGCCAUGCCGUUCGGUAUGGGAGACACAUCAGUAACUAUGGGCAACGGUAUGGGGCCGACACCCAUGGGCGCAGGGAACCCAUCCGGACCUGAAAGUGGUCCUUUGACAGGGUUACUCAAUGGAGAAGAGUUGAAACAGUCACCGGCCUCAACUCCGCGUGGUGGGGUCAAUGGGGGUACUCCAGCUCCACCAGGAUCAGCGCAUAGCAUGCAUCCUGCAUCAGUACCUGGCGUACACGGCGGGACGGAUCUCAUGGAUCAGCAGAGCAGUAAAGACGACAUCGAAGUGAGCAAGAUCAAGCAAGGCUUGUUAGACGACUUUGCGCCAAAGGAAGAGAUAUCAUCUGGUGAUCAGCCAUAUUUCUGAGUCCGAAGUGCUAACUGUCGUCCAUCAAUCGACGCUACUUGCUGCCGGUGCAGAGUGUGUUCCAUUUGUGAGUUGCGCAAUGUUGCGGGAUCCAUUCACAUUAUUCGCUUUGACAUUUGUCACAUAACGAUGCGAAUUUCCAUUUCUUUCCCACAUAUUCCCUCUUUUGGCUACACAAAUUCUUACCAUAUAUCUGAUGUGAUACUCCAUUUAUGUUUUAACUACUUUUUUGUGCACAACAAACACUUACAGUCCUCGGUAUUAUCAACUAUGUUAGGUCAUCAGAUGCAAGGGCUAUUGGCGAGUUGUUUGAUUAAAGUUUCUCAGUCAAAGACACCCUCGGAACUUACGUCCUAGGUUAUUUUCAUAUCACUUCAUUUUCAGUUUGGAUCUUGUAAUGGUACUCCCUAGAUUGUAAAUUAUCUAAAGUAUGUAUUUUUAAUUUAUACUAUCGCUAAGACUAUAUGUGUACGCAGCGCGUUAGCUCUUCUACGACUGUGCAACUUUCAUUUUAUGAAUAACCAAAGCAUGCAAUGUUGCCUUGUUUGGUAUAACUAAGUGAACUCAACUUGAGCGACUGACCAUUCUCAAAAUUAAUUCAUUAUUUCAUGAGCUAAAGCUGCUUGAUGGAUGAUUUAUUUAAGUAUGGUAAUGCUAUUUCUGCAGUGAUCCGAUUUUUUCGAGUCUUCUAAACAGCGACAAUCUUGCCUAGCACCUUUGCGCUUCUGGAAAUUCCUUGUUUUCUGAUUCCUCAAGAUAGUCAGGUCACUUGCCAAGAAACACUAAUCAAACAAGGUAACAUUGCGAAAGUUGUGGAGAAGCCAUGCUACAAGUCAAGCCAUUAUCUUUUGCAAAUCAAGCCGGAGUCACUUGGUUAUCCACUUUUUACUUUGUACAACCAAAAGUUCACAAUCCGUUCAUCUGCAUUCCUUUCCUUUUGCUCCUUUCCACCCCAGUCUCUCUCCCCCCCCCCCCCCUUCUUCCCACAUCCUUCUUCACCUUUCUUCAAAAAGCUUCUUUGUAAAUGUGGUCUGCUUUUUUAUUGACGACAACAAACUGGGUUCCCUCGUGAAAAUGUUUUGUAUGUAUGUCAGGAAGCCCAUGGUGCUUUUGAAAUUCUUUCAAGAAAAGGUGAAAUUGAUUUCGCAUUGAAAGUGGUGUGUAUCUGACGUUUGAUGAUGGUGAGAUGGGAACAACAGGGCGUUGUCGGGUGUUUUAUUAUUGUCGCAUCCCGACUCCUCAGCUCGUAGCAUAUUGCCAAUGAUUUAUUAUUAUUUAAUUCUUACAUAUAUCGUAUUGGUUUAAAAUCAUAAUCUAAGACCUUGUGGUGAUGUUUUAUUUUUUGAUAUUUAAUUAAGCAAUGUGACUUGUUAGGAGUUGUCGAAGCGGCGUGUGUCGGCAAGUUUUUCUGAAAAAG